GGAACGGAUGGGGAUCAGACUUCCAAACAUGAGUGGUUUUGCUUUAACCCACCGGAGGCUCCACUUGCUCGUCGUCUCGAAUGGUCCAUAUGAAGUAAUGAGAACUCCAUCACUGGAAGACAAAAGAAUACUCCCGGACCAUGCGCCAUCCCCAGCGGCUCCCAUUCGCUGUCGGCUGCUUCGUUCGGUUGCCGUGAUUCCUUGAUGCAAUGACGUACAACCCGCCAUUCGCUGCCUGGAUGUAAUCCAGACAUGCCAGGAUGAGGCACGCACAAGCGGUGUCGCGCAUUCUGCAUCUUGUGACUCCCGAGUAUUUUCACCGUCUUUGCUACUUGAUUGCUCGAGCUCGGCUGCUGGUCGCUGAUAGGUGCUUAGAACUUUAUCCCGGCGACAUAUCAUCAGCAAGUCCGAUCCCGACAGGUCACAUACCAAGGCCAACUCUGUCACCUGCAUUUCAGAGUUUCGAAUGUAUAAUGGCUGAUGAGCUGCAGACAUCUAUCAUUUACACUCUGCAGCAUCUGCAUGCAAACCACGUUGAUCAGCUUCCGCUUGGUCCUCCGAUAAGAUCCUACUGGACGGGAUACAGUUCAACUAUCUAUAUUGCGUCGGGUGAACCCAUCCAUAAUGCACUCAGCGUGCUGCAUGGCUCUCUCAUAAUGCAAGGCACACAGAAACAAACACAUGAGCGUCCUUAUCAUGCAUCCGAGGGUCCCACUGAUCUGGCCAUCAUUAGCAGUCCCAGAUAUAGAACGUUGAAAUAA